AUGCAACAAAAAAUUCCAACUGUAAUUAUUAUCGGUGCAGGUCUAGGAGGCCUUACUCUUUAUCAUGCUUUGAUUAAGAAUAAAGAUAAAAAAGAAUUCAACGUGAAAAUCUUCGAACGAGAAUCCGGCCCUCAAGCUCGAUGGCAAGGAUAUCAUAUAGGCAUAAACAAAUUUGGAGCUCGAUCUCUUAUAAAUUGUAUUCCUUCAUCGAUCGCUUUAAACCUUCCAAAAGCAAUGCCAAAUCCAGUUUUUAAUGUAGAAUAUCAUGGAUUUUCACUCACCGAUCAUACAGGAAAUCUACUAUUAAGACCUCCAACUAAACAAGUUAAAGAUGUUUACGAAGUUGCAAAUUUAUCUGUCGGUUCUUCAAUAAUUAUAACUUGUCGUGAUAAACUUAGAGAUGUUCUAUUAGAAAAUGUACCAGUUCAAUGGGGUAAAAAAUGUAUUAGAUAUGAAGAAACUGAUGAUGGUGUUUGGGUACUUUUUGAAGAUGGUUCAAAAGAAUUUUGUGAUAUAUUAGUUGGUGCAGAUGGUAUCAAUUCUCCAGUUCGAAAACAAAAAUUACCAGAAUUGCAAAUUUUUGAUUAUGGAUCAACCAUGGUAAUUGCAAAUGUGGAUGCACCUAAAAAUCUUUUAGACAGAUUAAUUACUAAAUUCAAUGGAAAAGGUAUAAUUCAAUCUGUUGGAUUAAAUGGAGAAACUACGGUCACUCUUUUUCGUCUUAUUCCAAUAGAGAAAGAAAAUUAUAAGAAUAAAAAUGAAUCUUAUUAUAGAGCAACAAUAUUUUUUGAAUAUCCAUCUAAAUUAGAUGAUGUUGAACAUGAUAAAAUUAAAGUUGAUGAUAAUGAUCCUGCAUCUGUUGUCGAUCAUGUUAAAUAUAUGAUUCGAAAAUUAAGACCAGAAUGUGAGUUAACUAACGUUAUAUUGGAACUAUGGGACUUAGUUCCUAAAACGACUUCUGAUCCAUCUAAAACUUACAAUCCUAUACGAAGAAGAAAGAUGCAAGAUAUUGACCCAUUAUCUGUUAAUACAUGGACGAGUAAUAGAAUUACAUUAUUGGGAGAUGCCGCUCAUGCUAUGAGUCCUGUAUUAGGAUUAGGAGCGAAUAAUGCUAUUGAAGAUGCUGAAGUUCUUUCUCGAGCAUUACUUAAUUAUUCUUCAGAAAAUUAUAUUUCUUGUAUUAAAGAAUAUGAAAAUGAUAUGUUAAAACGAAGUUCCGCUGACGUACUAAAAUCUCGAUUUGUUGAGAUAAGAAACACUACUCCAGUUGGAUAUAUUGGUUGUUUUUUUAGAAAUAAUAUGUUGAGAAUUACAAAUGCUAUUAUGAAAUUUUUCGAUUAUAACUUACUUGACAGAAAGGAUUAAAUAUAUAAUGUAAAUUUAUUAUACAUAUUUAUAAUAUAUAGUAU